GGUUCUCGCCUUUUUAGAUUAUAUUUUGUCCCUCACUAAGGCUUGAUCCUUCUCGAUUAAAAAAAUUUCUGUCCCAAAACUUUAUAAGACUGCGAACCACAAUAACAAUGUUAUAAAUAGUUAUUUUCCGAGGCUCAUUAAAAUGUUCGGACUUCUUCUUAAAACUUAUGCUCCUCGCUUUAGGCCCUAAAGUCCUUUGGAAACUUGUUCUUUCCCUUUGCCAGUCUUAUGAUCCACUUUUUAAAUGUUUCCUUAACAUAGUCUCAAAGAGUGAAUAUUAAGAGCGGCACGGUUAGUUUUCAUAACGUUUUCAGAAUAUUUUGCGAAAAAAUUAAUUAAUUUAGAAAAGAUGGAUUCAACUUUUACUUUCGGCAGAGGACGGUUGAUGAAGAAAGUUCUGGAACAGAACGAGGACUGCGUGGUAGAAUUAUCUAAGAUUAGAGGAAUGAUUAAAAAUGGCAAUUCCUUUCCAGACAGUAGUGGGUUUAUUGCUUAUCACGGCAGUUCUCCGGAUACUGUGAAGAAAUGGAAGAAUGAUUUGAAGGAGAAUGCCAGUGAAUACAGAGAGAAUGAUGCAACCAAUAUUUGGAAGGAACUGAGACGGACAGAAAAACUGAAGAAAGAGAAGGAGCGUGAGGAGGAGGAGAAGAAGAAGAUGGAGGGAAGAAGAGAUCCGUAUUUGCCUGAAUAUCAAAGACAAACUAGACGUGGUUCAUCUCGACUCCUGGAUACCGGUCGGAAGGAUAACAGCUGGUUGUAUCAGCACCUGGUUCAGUCUUCAUCUGGAGGAUCCGGAGUAAACCGUCCGGAUGGGAGAAAGAUUCGUCCUGCGUCAAGCAAUGAUGUAUCACAUCUGGAUCAAUUCCAGUCUGCAGAGGAUAGCAUAUCGGAGAACUCUGUACCGUAUACUGGAAGAAAAUUGCUGAUCAGCAGGCUGGGCUUGGGAAAAAAGCAGGAUGGAAAACCUAGGGAAAGACACAAUCCCCUGAUUUCUCUUUCCGAUUCAGAGAUAAGUGUUUGUGACCUCGCAGCUGUUGACUCUGAUUUCACAAGUGACGGAGACUUAACACAAUAUUACUCUGCUCAAUCUAGUCUGGAUAGUCAGAUGGAGUUCUAAUUUAAUAGGAGCAGCAUGGUGUCCCAACAAACAUGGGAAUUGAGAAACCACUUGACUAGUUUUUUAUUUCAAAUAUCUCCGUCAAUUUUGAAGGUGAAAAAAUGUUAGACCACCAGAGGCGUAUUUAAGGGGGGGGCUAUGGGGGCUAAGCCCCCCCCUGGACUAGUGAAAUCUAUUGAUUUCAGGGGGUUUUCAGGCCCCAACGGGUGCUGAGCCCCCCCUGGAAACAGAAAAAAAAAAUUAAGCCCCCCUGGACAAAUUCCUGAAUCCCUGUAGACCACAUUUCGAAAAUCAUGAGACAACUGGUUUUAGGUGUUAAAUGUAUUAACUGUGAUACUACAAAUUAUGUUUACGAAAUAAUCCAGCUUGGAACAAAUACGAUAAAAAGUCGUCGUUUAAUUCACAUGUUUAAUGGGACACCCUAUACAACAAUUCUUUGAAAACAAACUGGAAAUAGUGGUUUCUUUUGAUCGGAUGAACGGGUGCCAUAAUUAUCAAAUAGUUAAUCAGGUUCUAUGGAAUCUAUGGAAACAGAAGAACUAAAGGCUCAAUAUAGAUUUAGGUCGAAGAACCCUAAGUCCUUAAGUUUCCUCUGGGUCGGAUGAGUGGGUUUCUGUAUAUCAUUGUUGCAAUCUCUCCGGCUUUUGUCGUCUUCAAUACAGUGUAAAGUGUACAUUUGCACGUGUUGAACCCAACAACCCAAUACUGCUUUAAGCUCAGCAACCAUGUAGUUUCGGUCUAAUAUGUUCUAAAUCUAAUCCUGUAUUAUUUUGCUACCAUGUUAUUGCUGUUGCUGUUUGCCAAUGUCAUCACAAAUUUGUUGUGAAUGUAUUCCUGAGUUUAGUCUUCAACAAAAUUGUACGAGUUUUUAGUACCUGGAGAUCCAACAAAAUUAAACGAUUAUGUUUCAUGGAUAUAUUCAGCAUAUUGUUGUAAUUGCCUCUUCUUUCGUCCAUUAAAUGAAUAUAACCCUGAUCUAAGAUUCAAUACAUUAGUUAUUAGUAAAUAGGUCCGUUCCCUCGAGGAAUAAUCAGCUAAAUUUAAUUGUGAUCCAGUGAUCAACCGAAAUAUUAUGUAUUGUAUUUUCGUGCUGUCGUUAUAUGCCUCUCUGAGUUCUAGAUUUCUAGUUCAUAGUUUAUAAUUUCAGA